AUGCUUUUCAUCCUCUUCUUCUUCACAACGCGCUUGCCUGUAUCCCCAACACCACGCACCUUCGUUUUUGGUCCCUUAACCUUCCCCUUCCCCUUCACCUUCCCCUUCACCUUCCGCUUCCCCUUAAUCUCCCCCUUAAACUUUUUCUUCAUCUUACCCUUCCCCUUCACCACCUCUUUACCCUUCCCCUUCACCUCCCCCUUCCCCUUACCUUUCCCCUUCCCCUUCAUCUCCCCCUUCACCUUCCUCUCCCCCUUCACCUCCCCCUUCCUCUUCCCCUUCACCUCCCCCUUCCUCUUCACCUCCCCUUUCCUCUUGCCCUUCACCUUUACCUCCCCCUUCCCUUUCUCCUUCACCUUCCCCUUCCCCUUUGCCUCCACCUUUCCCUCCCCUUUCACCUUCCCCUUCUUCUCCCCCUUCACCUCCCCUUUCCCCUCCCCCUUCCGCUUCACCUUCACCUCCCCCUUCCCCUUCCCCUUCACCUCCCCUUUCCCCUCCCCCUUCCCCUUCCCUUUCCCCUUCACCUCCCCCUUCCCCUUCCCUUUACCCUUCAACUCCCCCUUCCCCUUCACCUUCACCUUCCUCCUCUCCCCAACCUUGACUCCAGUCACCUUCCUAUCAUCCGCGCUACCCACCUUGACCGAGCUCGCAACACCUCGUCCUCCCUUCACUCCAUCCCCAGCACCACCCACCUUCCCCUCUUGCACCGCACGUGCCGCCUUCCCUCUCUUGCCCACCUUCCCACCCUUCUUCCCCGUCGUCUUCCCUUGCACCAUUGACAACCUCUCUUUGUUCGUCGUCUGCGCCUUUCCCCUGUGA